AUGCAGAAACACAGUCAGAAGGAGCACCUCUACAAGCUGCUGGUGAUCGGGGACCUGGGAGUGGGCAAAACCAGCAUCAUCAAACGCUAUGUCCACCAGAACUUCUCCCCGCACUACCGGGCCACCAUCGGGGUGGACUUUGCCUUGAAGGUGCUGAGCUGGGAUGCUGAGACCGUGGUACGGCUGCAGCUCUGGGAUAUUGCGG